GUCCUACAGUCCAGCUGACAUGCUUAAUAUCGCUGAGGCCAACAAUCCUCUUCAGUAUCCCACCCAGGGUGUGGAGGUGCAGCCCCUUAAAACAAUCCUCAUUCCAGGUCUGGCACUCAAACAGAAAGAAAGAUCCAACUAUAUGGUACAUUUAACAGCAAUGCUGGGGACCUUUGACGUUGCUGCCACAGUGGACAUGGUGUCCAUUACAGGAGAGGGAGAGAAGCAAAUGAUGCUGUCAAGUCGUCUUCUGUCUGCUCUGAACAGGCAGCUGCAGUUUGUCACCUACACAAACAAGAUGUUUCAUCCGAAGACAGCAGACUCAAUUCAGUUUGCAACUGAAGGUCACCAAUCGUUUUUCACCAUCAAAGUUGGUCACAAGGUUGUUCCUAAACUCUACAACUCUGGAUACAGCAAAGAAUACAACAUCACUUCUUUGGUUACCAUUGCCACCAAGACCUUUUUACGCUACGACAAACUCAAAGACCUCAUUGACAGCAUACGGCAGUUUUAUCCCAACGUCACCAUUGUGAUAGCAGAUGAUAACAAGCACCCCCAGCCAGUGACCGGUCCUCACAUUGAACAAUACAUCAUGCCRUUUGGAAAGGGUUGGUUUGCUGGAAGGAACUUGGCAGUGUCUCAGGUGACCACCAAGUACAUGCUCUGGGUGGAYGACGAUUUUAUUUUCACUGCAAACACCAAUCUGGAAAAAAUGGUGGACAUCCUGGAGAAGACCACUCUGGAUUUGGUUGGUGGUGCAGUAAGGGAAGURACGGGCUACACUGCCACGUAUCGUCACACUAUUUCAGUGGAGGAAGGGGGAUCGGAUGGAGACUGCCUAAACUUCAGAAAUGGGUUCCAUCAUGCUAUUGAAGGAUAUCCCAAAUGUGUAGUAGCAGAUGCUGUUAUUAACUUCUUCAUGGCUCGGACGGAAAAAGUGCGACAUGUUGGUUUUGACCCCCGUCUGUCACGAGCAGCACAUCUAGAAUUUUUUGUCGAUGGACUUGGCUCCCUCCACAUCGGCUCCUGCAGUGAUAUUAUUAUAAACCACGCAUCCAAGAUCAUCAUGCCCUGGAGUAAAACAGACUCACAAAAGACUUAUGAAAAGUAUCGAUACUCACCUGUUGAUGUGGAUAAAAAUCUUCAUAAUGAAAUAUAUUACUUUAAGAACAGGUUCAAGUGCAUGACCAGUCAAUAAAACAGUUUUAAUUGGUUUAUUGUUAAGAUAUUUCUCAGGUAAAAAAAAACACUACCGAUUGAAUGUUCUUGUUGUCUUUGCAAAAGUUACACCAAAAUCUUUGUUUUUUUUGUUUUUUUUCAAUUAAAUGUUGACCCAUUCUCUUCGAGAAAAGUGUCAUUCUUGCUCUUUGGAUAUAGUUGAUAUGUUAAUGAUGUGUUAUAUCUAUGUUAAUAGAUAAAGUUGCUGUGUAUUCACUAAAAAUACACUUGAAUA